AUGCGCCGGGGCUGCGCUUGCCGGGUUGGCGUAAACAGCUUCGAGCAGGCGGCGCGUGCGGUGCUGGGGCAAUUGGUCAGCGUGAAAAUGGCGGCAACCUUCGCCGGGCGGAUGGCCGAACGUUGGGGAGAACCGCUGGCGGCGCCGCACGAGGGCAUCACCCACGUUUUCCUAGCGCCGACGGGUGGCGCAGCUGCAGCCCGAAGCACUGCGCCCGCUCGGGGUACAGCUGAAGCGCGCGGCGGCGCUGAUCGAGAUCGCCCGCGCGCUGGGCGAAGGACGCUGCAGCUCGAUAACGUGCUGGAUAUCGAACAGGGCAUCAAGGCGCUGACCGCGCUGCCGGGCAUCGGCAACUGGACCGCCAGCUAUAUCGCGAUGCGCGCCUGGUCUUGGCCGGACGUGUUCCUGGUCGGCGAUACCUGA